UUUAAGGGGGACCUUGAUAUCUUGCCCUUGAGCCGGCAUUGUGGGUGUCUUAUCAUAUGAUUUGUCAUCAGCACACAUAACAACACACUGAAAUAACGUUAACAGAAAACUGAAAUAACAUAACAGAAAUAUAACCGAAAUCAUAAAACACAAACAAGAGAAGACCUGGUCGUUGCCCGUCUGUCAUUUACCAACCACAUGCAAAAUUUAGGCAAACCCCACCAAAAUCCAAGCAUUUCCAUUCCCAAAUAUCGCCCUAAACUUGGAUCUUUCAUUUCAAAAACCCCCCAAAACAACAAAAAUAUCUUUACCAGUUUGGAAAAGUUAGAAGAACCAACCAAAAGUUUGUGGCUUAAGGAACAAAAAAUAACCAUUCCUCGUAAUAGAUUAGAAGUGUAGAGAAAAUGUUGCAUAACCUCUAAGAGUUCCCAACUUAUUUGGUUCUCUCUCUCCUCAAUAUAACACCUUCAUCAUUCACAUUCUCCUCCUUAGACUCCCCUAUAGGCAGCCUUGGGUCCAUCCAAGGUGGCAGCUUCACAAAAAUGCAGGCCUCAGGCUGCUUCCUCUUCUUCCUAGUAUCUUGUUUUUCUCUCUUUUCUUCCUUCUCCACGGCUCUUACCGAUGCUGAGGCAUCGUCCAUUGUCCGUCGCCAGCUGCUGACUCUCCAUCAGCAUGGAGAUUUGCCAGAUGACUACGAAUAUAAAGUUGAUUUGGGGAACUUGACAUUUUCGAAUUCCAGGCUCAAACGGGCAUACAUUGCGCUUCAAGCGUGGAAGAAAGCUAUCUACUCGGACCCACUUAACAUAACAGGAGGUUGGGUUGGCACUGAUGUUUGUUCCUAUAAUGGAGUUUUCUGUGCUCCUGCUCUUGACGAACCAACACUAGAAGUUGUUGCCGGUAUUGACAUCAACCACGGUGACAUCGCCGGGUAUCUUCCAGUCGAGUUAGGCCUGUUGACAGAAAUUGCUUUGUUUCACAUCAACUCAAACAGAUUCUGUGGGGUCAUUCCAGAGAGUUUCUCUAGGCUUACACUUCUCCACGAGCUUGAUGUGAGCAACAACCGGUUUGUGGGCCCUUUCCCAAAAGUUGUUCUUUCAAUUCCUAACCUCAAGUACCUUGAUCUUAGGUACAAUGACUUUGAGGGAAUACUACCUCCGGAGCUCUUUAACAAGGAUUUGGAUGCUUUGUUCUUGAACAACAACCGCUUCACAUCCACCAUUCCUGAAAACCUGGGGAACUCUCCUGUCUCAGUUUUAGUCAUUGCUAAUAACCAUUUCCAUGGCUGCCUACCCAAGAGCAUUGGCAAAAUGGGGAACACUUUGAAUGAGAUUAUCGUUUCCAACAAUAAUCUUGUUGGGUGUUUGCCAAUGGAGAUCGGCAACCUUGGAAAUUUGACAGUUUUGGAUAUUAGCUCCAACUCAUUCGGUGGGAUUUUGCCCAAAACUUUCAAAUCCCUUCACAAGGUGGAACAGUUGGUUCUUGCACAAAAUACACUAACUGGGUUUGUUCAGGAGAGCAUUUGCGAAUUGCCUAGCUUGAUGAACUUGACAUUCUCCUACAACUACUUCAAUGGAGAGGCCCAAGAAUGUGAGCCGUCAAAGAAUAAGAACAUUGUAUUGGAUGACACAAGCAAUUGCUUACCAGAUAGGCCAAAGCAGAAGGCUGCAAAACAAUGUAAAGUUGUUGUCAACAAGCCAGUUGAUUGCAGCAAGGCAAAGUGUGGAUGGCCGUCAAACCGACUACCCAUGCCAACUCCCAAGACUUCGAAGCCGCAUCCACUACCAUCAUACCCACCAAAACAGGCACCUCCAAAGCAAAAGCUAUCACCAGAACCAAUAUCAGCUCCUCCAAAACCUCAAACACCAGAGAAACCAAAACCAGUAGCUCCAGAGCCAGUUUCAACUCCUCCAAAACCUCAAACACCAGAGAAACCAAAACCAGUAGCUCCAGAGCCAGUUUCAACUCCUCCAAAACCUCAGCCAAAACCGAAAACACCUGAGAAGCCAAAACCAUUAACACCAGAACCAGUUUCAACUCCUCCUAAACCAAUACCACAUCCACCAAAACCUACUCCAGUUUCAACACCUCCAAAACCAUCUCCAAAGCCAGUUCCUAGUGCUCCACAAACACCUGAUUCACCACCAGAUCCCACUGAUGGAUCUCCGGUGCCCGGACCAAUGCGCCCACCCCCACCAACUGUUCAUUCACCACCACCACUAGUGCACUCCCCACCACCACCUACACCCGAUCCUUCCAACAGAUCUCCUGUCGGCGGCCCAACUCGUCCACCACCACUAGUCCACUCUCCUACACCCCCUGUUCGGUCUUCACCACCACCUUUGGUUCAUUAUCCUCCACCCCCAAUUCAGUCCUCACCACCACCUCUGGUUCAUUCUCCUCCACCAAAUGCUCAUUACUCCUUCCCGCCACCCCCUGACCCCACUAACAGAUCUCCAGUUCAAGGACCCAUUCGACCACCACCACCUUCAACAAUUCACUCUCCUCCGACCCCUAUUCGCUCCCCACCUCCACCGCCACCAGUCCUUACCCCUCCACCACCACCAGUUCACUCUCCUCCUCCAUCUCCGGUUUACUCACCACCACCACCACCACCUCCAGUUAACUCUCCCCCACCACCAGUUAACUCUCCACCUCCACCGGUCCAAUCUCCACCACCACCUGUCUUCUCACCUCCACCACCUGUUUUCUCACCUCCACCACCAAUCAACUCUCCCCCCCCGCCUGUCUACUCACCUCCACCACCACCAAUUAGCUCUCCUCCGCCACCUGUCCACUCACCUCCACCACCUGUCUUCUCACCUCCCCCACCUGUUUUCUCCCCUCCCCCACCAAUCAACUCUCCCCCCCCGCCUGUCUACUCACCUCCACCCCCACCAAUUAGCUCUCCUCCGCCACCUGUCCACUCACCUCCACCGCCUGUUUUUUCACCUCCACCACCUAUCCACUCACCACCACCUCCUAUUUUUUCACCUCCACCACCUGUCUUCUCACCUCCACCGCCAGUUAACUCUCCACCUCCACCAGUCCAAUCUCCACCACCACCUUCACCAUCUCCCUCACCUCCUCCUGCAUUCUCGCCGCCACCACCUCCUGUGGAUGACCUAAUCCUCCCACCAACCUUCGGAUUCCAAUACUCAUCACCACCUCCACCAAUGUUCCAGGGGUACUAGACGGAGUAGCAUGAUCACUAAACACUUUGUCUGGUUUGUUAUUUAACCUUGUAAACAAGUUCAAUCCUGCAACAUACACCCACUUUUGUUAGUUCAUAGUUUGUUGUUUACAUAACAUGGAAGUGUAAAUCUCCUCCAAUUCCUUUGAUGCCACAAAGAACGCCACCGGCCAAUAUAUUAUACUUGCGAGUGUUUGACUUUGCGCUGACAUUUCUUUUUAUCAUUUUUUUUUUUCUAUCCACCUUUCACAUAACAAGGAUUACCAUCCACAUGUAAUUCUAGAUUAAAAAGUUACUUUUUCAUAUUAAAAC